AUGACAUGGUUGGACGCUCAUUUGAAGAUUAGCGAGUUCGUUGGAAUCACUUCAGCUGCUGAAAAGCCUGUUGUCGUAGAGCCUCAAGCACCAGCACCAGUCGCUAAUGUGGAUAUGACGCAAUAUCAAGUGCAGCUUGUUGACCUGAAGAGCACGCUCAGCUUAUAUGAAAUCCCCCGACGUGCAAUUAUCGACGGUGUAGCUCUUGCAGCUUUGAAGAACUGGAUGCGAACACUGUCCAAGUAUGCACCUGGUACCACUCCAAUGCGGCGACUUCUCUAUCGAAUGAAUGAGUGGAUCUGGACUGUGGACGAUAGUCUUCUAGUUGACGAUUGGACUAAAAAGCUUGAGGAAAUUCAACUCGACCUUGGCAAUCCUCUCCCGGAGAAAGUGGAAUGGAUUGCCUGCAUUGGUUCAAAACCCAAUUUGAGGGGCUAUACAUGUGGACUGUGGACGACUGCCCAUGCGAUCACUGUCGAGGCGUACAAAACAGAGGCAAAUAAUCCUUUAUUCAAUCCAGUGAACGAUGUAAUGGAGCCUUUCCAUCAAUUUAUUUUCCAUUUCUUGAGCUGUGCUGAAUGUGCAAAGAAUUUCGACAAAGAAACAAAGAAGCACCACAUGCUGCAAGUGUCUACGAGAGAAGAAAUGGUAAUGUGGUUCUGGCGAGUUCAUAACUUCGUCAACACGCGCCUUUCCGGUUCCCGAAGUGACGAUCCCCGUUUCCCUAAGCGACAGUUCCCUCCAUCAGUUGUAUGUUCCCAAUGUUAUGAUUCCUCCGGUUCGUUUGAUGAAAAGGAGAUUUUCAAAUUCAUGUUGAGCUACUACAGCGACAUUCGGCAAGACUCUGUACAGGCUCCACCUGAAUACAAAAUGAACGAGUAUAUGGAUGGAAAGCUUCAGGGUGUGGGAGCUCGUCACCUCAAUCCGAAAUUCGCUGUUAACGCCAAAAAGGUUGAUAAAUUGGAAGAAACGGAAGAACGAUUACGAAAGGUGCUGGAUGCUAGUCCACAGAGGGAAUGGAAAGACAUCGAAGGUUAUGGUAAGCUCAUUCCAUCUUCAGACGAAAUUUCG